CAACAUCAUAGCACGAUGUGAAAUCUCAAAGCACCUCUAUAAAUAUAUAAUGCCCAUCUAACCAAUGGUGCCACAAUCAAGAUACGACCUUGUUCCUCUACUCAUUUCUUAUAUAUAUAUAUUUAUAAAUCUAUCUGUGAGUUCAUUUGUUGAUCAAUAGCUUCUUGAAUUGCUUGACGCCUUGCUCCUAAGGCCUUCUGAGCAAAAGCAACAAUGAGCUUCAGAGCUCUUUUACUUUGGUGCAUAUGGUUGGGUUUGUUUCAGUUAUCACUUGGAGCAAGGGUGAGGCACUACAAGUUUGAUGUGGAGUACAUGAUCAAGACACCAGAUUGCGUGGAGCACGUUGUGAUGGGAAUCAACGGUCAGUUUCCAGGCCCAACUAUCCGAGCUGAAGUUGGAGACACCCUUGACAUUGCACUUACCAACAAACUUUUCACAGAGGGAACUGUUAUCCACUGGCAUGGAAUCAGACAGCUCGGAACUCCUUGGGCAGAUGGAACUGCUGCCAUCUCACAGUGUGCUAUAAACCCAGGAGAAACUUUUCAUUAUAGAUUCACUGUUGACAGGCCUGGUACAUAUUUCUAUCAUGGACACUAUGGUAUGCAGAGAGCAGCAGGGUUGUAUGGUUCUUUGAUAGUAGAUUUACCAAAGGGUCAAAACGAGCCAUUCCAUUAUGAUGGUGAGUUCAACCUGCUACUGAGUGAUUUGUGGCAAACAAGUUCACAUGAACAAGAGGUUGGCCUCUCUUCCAAACCAUUCAAAUGGAUCGGUGAACCUCAGACUCUGUUAAUCAAUGGACGAGGACAGUUCAAUUGUUCCCUUGCAGCAAAAUUUAUCAACACCACCUUACCCCAAUGCAAUUUUAAAGGUGGGGAAGAAUGUUCACCUCAGAUUCUCCAUGUGGAGCCAAACAAGACCUAUAGGAUCAGGAUUGCUAGUACCACAUCAUUAGCUUCCCUCAAUUUGGCCAUUUCAAAUCACAAACUGGUUGUGGUGGAAGCUGAUGGAAACUACGUGACACCAUUCGCGGUUGAUGACAUGGACAUAUACUCUGGUGAAACCUACUCAGUGCUCCUAACCACAGAUCAAGACCCAAAAAAAAACUAUUGGCUUUCAAUUGGGGUUAGAGGAAGAAAGCCCAAUACCCCACAAGGCUUAACCAUUCUUAACUACAAGGCAAUCUCUGCCUCAGUUUUUCCAACUUCACCACCACCCAUCACUCCCCUAUGGAAUGAUUUUGAGCGUAGCAAAGCCUUUACUAAGAAAAUCAUUGCCAAGAUGGGAACUCCACAACCUCCAAAGUUCUCUCACCGUAGAAUUCUGCUUCUCAACACACAAAACAAAGUUGAUGGAUUCACCAAAUGGGCCAUUAACAACGUGUCAUUAACAUUGCCACCAACACCUUACUUGGGAUCCAUCAAGUUUAAGCUAAACAAUGCCUUUGACACAAAGCCUCCUCCAGAGAAUUUCCAACAGCAAUAUGACGUAUUCAACCCUCCAGUGAACCCUAAUGCAACUAUUGGUAAUGGGGUUUACAUGUUUCAGCUGAAUGAGGUUAUCGAUGUGAUACUACAGAAUGCAAACCAGUUAACUGGGAAUGGCAGUGAGAUUCACCCUUGGCAUUUGCAUGGCCAUGAUUUCUGGGUUUUGGGGUAUGGAGAUGGAAAAUUCAAACUUGGAGAUGAGAAGAAAUUCAACUUGACUCAUGCACCAUUGAGGAACACUGCAGUGAUAUUUCCCUAUGGUUGGACUGCAUUGAGGUUUAAGGCAGAUAACCCUGGAGUUUGGGCUUUUCAUUGCCACAUUGAGCCUCAUUUGCACAUGGGAAUGGGUGUGAUUUUUGCUGAGGCUGUUCAGAAAGUGAAGAAAAUACCUUCAGAAGCUCUAACAUGUGGUCUUACUGGGAAGUUCUUAAACAAGGGACACUACUGAUCAAACUAGCCAAUCAUGCUUCGCCUUAAUUUGCUAAGAGCAGCUUUCUAUCUUCUCUCUCUGUCUCUGUUCUCACUUUGUGGGUUUUAUCACGUAUUGAUUUUGUUCUAGAAUUCUUGAUUACCUCACAUAGGGUAGUCAUCUCUUCCGUUCUGUUUUAUUAUUAUUAUUUUUUUCUUGCAAUUUUGUGUAACUCAUUAAUUUAUGAGAAAGAUGUGUAGUGGAGUAUCACCUGAGUGCCUUUUUAUAUGUUUGCUUUGAUAUGUAAU